GCACUCCAGCACAGUAGGUGGCGGUAUGCACCAUUUCAGUUGGUUUGCAACCCGCCAAUUAAAUCCACAGAAGAAGAAGUCGUCAGAAGAGCGGAGAGAGUCAGAAGGACAAACUCCAGGUGUAGCAGCUGAAAUCUGUGUGCCUGUUAAAGAUGGAGUUUAUUAAAGAGGAGGAAGACGUGAGUGAUCCAGAACCAUCCAGAAUAAAAGAUGAAGAAACUGAGGAACAAAUAGACCAGGUGGAAGUGAAACAGCAAAGAGAAGAACUGAGUGAAGUGGAGGAGGAACAUCGUAACUUGAAAAUUCAAAGAACAAAUGCCAAAAAGCUGCACACCUGCAAUCAGUGUGGAAAGAGUUUCGCAAGAAAAGCAUUCCUUACAACACACAUUAGAUUUCACACUGGAGAGAAACCGUAUACAUGCACUCAGUGUGGAAAGAGUUUCACACAAAAAGGAAACCUUAAAAUACACGUGAGAUUUCACACGGGAGAGAAACCAUUUACAUGCACUCAGUGUGGAAAAGGUUUCACACAAAAAACAACCCUUACAACACACUUAAAAAUUCACACUGGAGAGAAACCGCAUACAUGCACUCAGUGUGGAAAGAGUUUCAUACAAAAAGGACACCUUAAAAUACACAUGAGAUUUCACACGCGAGAGAAACCGUAUAAAUGCGCUCAGUGUGGAAAACGUUUCACACAAAAAACAACCCUUAAAACACACUUAAAAAUUCACACUGGAGAGAAACCGUAUACAUGCACUCAGUGUGGAAAGAGUUUCAGAAAAAAAGAAUACCUUAACAAUCACAUGAGAGUUCACACUGGAGAGAAACUGUUCACCUGCACUCAGUGUGGAAAGAGUUUCACAAGAAAAGGAAACCUUAAAACACACAUAAGAUUUCACACUGGAGAAAAACCAUUCAAGUGUGAUCAUUGUGGAAAAAAUUUUAUUUCAUCAACAUAUCUAAAACGACACCUGAUAGUUCAUUGUGAUGAGAGCAUUUUUAAACCACCAGAAAACACAUGAUGAAGUCAGAGAUUAUAUGUGCUUUGAUUGGCUUUACAGCAGCCGAGCAUCUGAAACAGCACCAAAGAAUUCAUACUGGAGAAAAACCUUACAAGUGCUCAUACUGGAGAGAAGCCAUAUUACUGUACUCUGUGUGGAGAGAGUUUCACUCAAUCACAUCAUCUAGUGAAGCAUAAAAAGCAUUGUUCUGUGUAACAGUGAGCAAAUGUUUUCUUCAUAUCCAAAACUUUAAAGUAAAUCAUGUGAGAUAUAAAAUGUGGGAAUGUGCAUGUUGAUCCAGAUGUUGCAUCAUCUUAAGUCCUUGCAGGAGUUGGUGACAAUAAUCAGUUAUUUGUCAAUAUAUGAAACAAUUCCCUCAAUUUGAUCUUUUAGAUUUAAUAUGGAUUUUUUUUU